CCAGCCUUGGGAAGAAGAAGAAGAAGCGUGUACUACGAUGACGACGAUGCUGAUGCUGAUGCUGAUACUGACCCGUGAAAAGGGCGGUCUCCAUCUUGCUACCCACUCUUGCAUAUCAAGUUUUGGGAAGCUAGGCGACGGCUCUCAUGAUUUUUGGCGUAGUUCAAUGUCUGGUGCUUUCUUUCGGGCCUACCUGGUCCCUAAAAGCAUCCCAUUCUCAGGGAUCGCAAUCGGAGACGGUGAAAGCGACUGACGGUGAACGGGGGGCCGAGACGUCACGACUAUAAUCUACGGACCGGUGCCCGGAGGAAAAAUAUCUCAUGGCUGCGUUCGGUAGGGCAGGCGAUGCGAUGCCAUCAUGCCGGCCUGAGCUGAGCCGCCUCUUCUCCUGAACAGCCGAGAUAGCAACGUCAAAAACAGGUCACCUCAGGACGCAGGUUCUCGCAGUUGCCCGUAUCGGGGGUCCGGAUUUCCCUGCUAUCUUUAGUGCAUCAAUGCUGCACACGCAGCGGGACGUAAUAAUUACACGGCGGAAUCAGGACGCCCCUGAUGAC